AGACGCUUCUCUUAUUUUUUCCAUUUUAUUUCCAACCAGUCUCCCCUUUUUCCCCUCUCUGUGCGAGAUCAGCCUACUGCUUCGCGCGACGAAUCCUGACGAUUCCUUCAAGGCUCAAUCUAUCGCUGUUUUCAGAGACUUUCAUUCCAUACUCUCGAGCUUUCUUUCAUCCGAUGAUCAGCUUUCAUUGGAGGUUAUACGAACUUGAGAAGAAUUGGGUAACAAAAGCAACUAUUGGAAGAUUCCUAUAAGGACUGUUAUGACCAUUCAAAUUAUUUAGAGCACUACAUUUGGAACUUUUGCGAUGCAUCGGGUGGCUAGUUCUGGUAACACAUCUAAUUCAACUCGGCCGCGGAAGGAGAAACGGUUAACAUAUGUUUUGAAGGAUACUGAUGACACCAAGCAUUGUGCAGGCAUUAACUGCUUGACUGUUUUGAAGACUUCAUCUAGUAGCUGUGACUAUCUUUUUACUGGAAGUAGAGAUGGAACAUUGAAAAGGUGGGCCAUAGCUGAUGAUGAUGCUAGCUUCAUUGCAACAUAUGAGUCGCAUGUUGAUUGGGUUAAUGAUGCAGUUCUUGCUGGUAACACCCUAGUUUCAUGUUCCUCAGACACAACUGUCAAGGUCUGGAAUACUUUGUCAGAUGGCGUUUGUACCAGAACUCUUCGUCAACAUUCCGAUUAUGUUACUUGCCUUGCUGCGGUUGAAAAAAAUAGCAAUGUUGUUGCCUCUGGGGGACUUGGUGGGGAGGUCUUUAUAUGGGACAUUGAAGCAGCAGUUCUUCCGGUUACCAAAUCUACUGAUAUUAUGGAUGAUGAAGGCUCCAGUAAACUGAUGACAUCAGGAAAUUAUGGGCUUCCUAUGACAAGUUUGCGUUCUAUUACAUCAAGCAACAUGUCUGUGAAUAAUGCACAGUCGCAUGGUUACAAUCCUACGGCAGCCAAAGGCCAUAAAGAGUCUGUGUAUGCCCUAGCGAUGAAUGAUAGUGGAACUUUACUUGUUUCUGGCGGUACUGAGAAGGCCAUUCGUGUUUGGGACCCCAGAACCGGUUCAAAGAAUAUGAAGCUAAGAGGGCAUACUGAUAAUAUUCGAGCUUUGUUGCUUGAUUCUACUGGAAGGUUUUGCUUGUCCGGAUCAUCUGAUUCAAUGAUACGGUUGUGGGAUCUUGGUCAGCAACGCUGUGUCCAUUCUUAUUCUGUGCAUACGGAUUCAGUUUGGGCGCUUGCCAGCACCCCAUCCUUUUCUCAUGUUUACAGUGGUGGGAGGGAUCUUUGUUUAUACCUUACAGACUUGUCCACUAGAGAGAGUAUUUUGUUAUCUACAAAUGAGCAGCCACUUCUGCAACUAGCUUUGCAAGAUGAUGGUAUAUGGGUUGCAACAACUGAUUCAUCAGUUCAUAGAUGGCCAGCUGAAGGAUGUCACCCUCAAAAGGUUUUUCAAAGAGGUGGUUCGUUCUUGGCUGGAAACUUGUCAUUUUCAAGGGCAAGAGCUGUUUUAGAAGGAUCAACUCCUGCUCCAGUUUACAAGGAACCAUCAUUUACCAUACCGGGCAUUCCAGCAGUUGUGCAACAUGAAAUUUUGAACAACAGAAGACAUGUUCUAACCAAGGAUGCAGCAGGUUCUGUAAAGCUGUGGGAGAUCACUAGGGGAGUCGUGAUUGAGGACUAUGGCAAGAUUUCGUUCGAGGAUAAAAAAAAGGAGCUGUUUGAAAUGCAUUCCGCUUGGCUUACUGUGGAUACGCGGCUUGGUAGCUUGUCAAUCCACUUGGAUACUCCUCAAUGUUUUUCCGCAGAGAUGUAUGCUGCUGACUUGAAUAUUCCUGGAGCACCUGAAGAUUUAAAGAUUAAUCUAGCUCAGGAGACUCUCCGUGGUUUGCUAGCUCACUGGAUUACUAAAAGAAAGCAACGGUCUGGAUCACAAGCCUUUAAUGGUGAUGGAAUACCAGGGAGGGACAUGCCUGGCAAAAACAGCUCACAUUCAAGAAUAGAUGCUGAUGAUAGUGCAGAAAAUCAUCAUCUUGUGCUCCCUGCAUUCGAAUUUUCUACUGUUUCUCCUCCUUCCAUUAUAACUGAGGACUCACAAGGGUGUUCUUGGCGGAAGAAGAUUACGGAAUUAGAUGGUUCACUAGAUGAGAAGGAUAUUCCCUGGUGGUGUUUAGACUGUGUGUUGAAUGGACGUAUAACUCCCAAAGACAUUUUGAAGUGCAGUUUUUACUUGCAUCCUUGUGAAGGCUCCAACAUCCAAGUCCUUACACAAGGCAAAUUGAGUGCACCAAGGAUAUUGCGCGUACACAAAGUGGUCAACUAUGUCCUUGAGAAAAUGGUUCUUGAUAAACCGCUUGACGGUGGCAAUUCGGACGGACAAUUUGGUCUGGUUCCCGGCAUCGGACAAUCCCAGCUUGCAUCCCUCGGUGACAGUUCCUUACGUGCAGGGCAGAAGUUAUGGCAGAAGAGAAAACCUUCUAUUGAGAUUCUUUGUAACAACCAGGUCUUAUCACCGGAUAUGAGUCUCGCAACUGUUAAAGCCUACAUAUGGAAAAAGUCAGAAGAUUUGGUGCUGAAUUACCGCAUAGUCCAGAAUAGAUGAUAAUUUUAGGGUUUCUGGCUGCUGUAAAGGGACUUCCAGCUUGUGAGGUGGGAGAGCUUGUUUCAGCUAUGUUGUAUUAUACCUAAUGAUUUUUUCUGUUCGCCUGCUGGUUACCACUGAACUACUCUUGUCCAUCCAAAUAUUUACCAAUGUGAUCUAUUGAUAAUUAGCCAUGACUGCCUUCAGAAUGUUACAUGGUGCACUUGAAGUCUUCCAGUUAUUUGACUGCAGCUCCUGGUGGAAGCUUUUAAGAUGUUUCCAGAAGCUUCUGUCAUGGAGGAACAAACAGUGAGGGAAUUAUGAAUCAGCUUGCAGACCAG